AUGGCAAAUUUGACAACGGCAAAGCGCCGCCGCAUGCUUCAGAAGGUCUCUUCACUUGAUGCUGACUCAGCUCAGGAGCAACAGCUCCUUGCAGGUUCUCAUACUUUUCGCCCAGGCCUGCGCACGCCUGAAGAUUUGUUGUCUUGGCCGCUGGACGUCAUCCAGUCCUUGUGCAAGGAUCCUGGUGACGAGAUCAGCAUGCGGCUGCGGCAUCGUUUGCUUUGUGGCAUAGCUUUGAACACCGAUUAUAGUGGCCUCGACUGCCCGCGAGAAGCGCUUGAGAUGGGGAUGCAAGCAUUGCAGCACCAUUUCGAAGCAGAGCCAGAACGUGUGCCAGUGUGGGUUGGCCGCACAUGUGACAAGGGUUCAAUCCAGAAGAAGCUCCAGCGUGAAGUUUCUCUUUCCUGCGAUGAUGACAGCCGGUGCCAUUUCGAGGACAUCUUGGACCGUUUGCCUCCUGAGAGCCAAACUUGGAUCAGAGCAGCCACACCGGACAAAAGUUUGCCUAGGGAACAGCGUGCAGAAGCUUUCAAGAGCAUCAGGGAGUGGCUUAUGGACAAUCGGAGCUGGCUCUUUCCUUCGAAUGCCACAAGCUUUUGCAUCGUGCACCGCAGGCAGUGCCUGGUACAUCCACAAGACCCCGCGGAUUUUGCUGUGCCUGUAGUGAACCAGAGGCUGCGAUUGAAUGUGGCCGGUGUGACGUGCCACGCAUGGAGCUGUGAGGGCUCGAAUGAAGGUGAUGCACAUGAGUCAGAGAUCCCCUUAGCAGUUUGGAUCGCAGAACGUGUCGCAAGGUUUGAACGAAAGGAGGAAGACAUGGCAUUUCUGGAAUGCACGCCAAAGUUUCCUGCAAAGGAAAAACUUGGACAAGCUUUUGGUGACUUGGCUUCCGUGUUUGCUUGGAUUGAUGGGCCUGAGUGGCAUGGGUGGCCCCAUCGUCGUACCAGAGUUUUGGCAGUUGUUGUGAACACUUUGACCCUGGAUUGGCAUGGCGCCCAAGACAGUGAUGAUCUGAAGGAAGAGUACGCUGGAAGAUUCCACCGCCAGAUGGUGGCUGCUGGAGACCUUCUUCUGCAGGCCAGUGAGGAGGAGCGGGUUGAGGAGAUGAUGAAGAUUGCCGUGGCUCGCAAGAACAACGUCACGAUGGAUGAGAUGACCCAGAUUGUUCGAUUGCAAGACUAUGACAAGUUGAGCAGCUUGGUGUUCCCUCCGGGUGGCAUUCAGCGAAUGCAGGGAUGGAUUCAGCUCUACCAGGAGAAGCUGAAAGAGACCAACAAGCUGCGGGCAUUCCUUUGUGAUGUGGACCACUCUGUUGGUGGCAAAGGUCCAGCUGGAGGUGAGCUAUGGCCAACGCAGCUUACCCACGGAUCCGUCCUUUCUUUGCGCCAACAUGAGGACCAGACAACUUGGCUUUUGGCAACUGCCAAGGAGCAUUUGGGCGCGCUUGGCUGCAGAAUGUUUGGGGAUUCUCCUAUUUUCCCAAAAUCGAAGAUGGCAACGGUGCUGGCCAAUUGUGAUUUCUUGCCGUCGCAAGUGAAGCAGCUCUCGGGCAAUUCCAUGCAUUUGCGAACGCAGCUUGCUUUCAUGCUGUUUGCCAUUGGCUAUGUCUCCAAGAAGAAGCCUGCAGGCCAGCUGCAUUCUUUGACCUCUUGGGGCGAUGAUGGAGAUUCCUUACCCCAUGACAGCUUGUAG